ACAACUCCCAGAAUUCCCGUCGUGUCACCUCGCGCCUCUGUCUUCCUGUUUGGCUGCCGCAGCUGGAAAAAUGGCAGCUGACACAGGGAGAUACAGGAGUGCUGUAAGCAAAAACAAAGACCCUUCUGGUCUUCUCAUCUCUGUCAUAAGGACUCUGUCCAGCAGUGAUGAUGUGCAGGACAGGGAGACGGAGAAGGGUCGUCUCGAGGAGGCCUUUGAGACAUGUGACAGGGAUUUAGAUGAGCUGAUCGUUCAGCAUUAUGCUGAACUCACUACUGCCAUCAGGACCUACCAGAGCAUCACAGAGCGCAUCACAAGCUCCCGCAACAAGAUUAAACAGGUAAAGGAGAACCUCCUGUCUUGUAAGAUGCUUCUUCACUGCAAAAGGGAUGAGCUGAGGAAGCUGUGGAUCGAAGGCAUCGAGCACAAGCAUGUCCUUCAGCUGCUGGAUGAAAUUGAGAGCAUCAAGCAGGUGCCUCAACGUCUGGAGGCCUAUAUGGCAAGCAAGCACUACCUUCAUGCCACAGAUAUGCUGGUGUCAGCCGUGGAGUCCUUGGAAGGCCCCUUGCUGCAGGUGGAAGGGCUUGGAGAUCUCCGAUUGGAGCUCCACAGCAAGAAGCUCAACAUCCACCUUGUACUCAUUGAUGAGCUGCACCGACACCUCUACAUCAAGUCCACAAGUCGCCUGGGACACAAGAACAAGGACAAAAAUUCUGCUCGCCUUCCAGGCUCCACUGCCAAAGACACAUCUCCAAUGCCUGUGUUGGAUGUCAGCAUCCUGUCCACCCCACGCAAGCUUUUGGAUUCAUCACAGUUCAGCACACCUGGAUCCAGCAGUGUGCGUGAGCUGCAGCAGGAUGUGCGGGAGCUGAACCAAGCCGACCUCCCUGAGGUGGAUCCGGAGGAGAACAGUGCUGAGUUCAUGGGCAUCCUCAUCAAGGCUCUGGCCAAGUUGAAGAAAAUCCCAGAGACCAUCAAAGCCAUAAUGGAGCGGCUGGAACCUGAACUGAAACAGAUUGUCAAGAGGUCCACCACUCAGAUAGCAGACCAUGCUUACCAGAGGGGAGAAAACUUGGCCCAGGAGAGCCAGCCAAGGCUGCUGCUAGAACUGCUGGAGCUUUUGUUUGAUAAGUUCAAGGCAGUGGCUCAGGCUCACAGUGUGGUGCUGGCCCACCUGCAGCGGAUCGCGGUGCAGUGCCCGGGCGGGGCCCACGAAGAGGGCAUCAAGCUCUACGAGCAGGCGGACGUCUCUGCCAAAAUCCAGACAGUGCUCCAGGUUCUGCUUAUGGAGUACCUUGAUGUGAAGAACAGCCGGAAUGCCACAGAGCCGUCGGCUCAACUCUCCUAUGCCAGCACCGGCAGUGAGUUUGCUGCCUUCUUUGCGAAGAAAAAACCACAGCGUGCGAAGCAGUCGCUCUUCAAGUUUGAAUCAUCUUCCCAUGCCAUCAGCAUGAGUGCCUACCUGAGAGAGCAGAGGCGAGAACUCUACAGCAAGAGUGGAGAAUUACAAGGUGGCGCUGAUGACAACUUGAUUGAAGGAGGAGAAAUGAAGUUUGUGUGUAAACCAGGAGCGAGAAACAUCACUGUCAUCUUCCAGCCUCUUCUCAGAUUCAUUCAGGAGAUAGAGAUGAACAUGGGGCCAGGCCAGGCCAAGCAGUGCCAGCUCCGAGCUUUCCUCACUUACUACAUCAACGACCUCUUUCUCAACCAGGUGCGAACAGAGAUCAACAAGGAAAUUGAGGCAGUGAGCAAGGCAGCCGACCCCUUGAAGAUCCUUGCCAGCGCCGAUACCAUGAAGGUUCUGGGUGUCCAGAGACCCCUGCUGCAGAGCACGGUGGUAGUGGAAAAGUCCAUCCAGGAUCUAAUGAGCCUGAUGCAGGACCUGAGUGCCUAUUCCAACCAGUUUCUCGAAAUGGUCUGCGACAAGCUCAAAGAGUACAAGGAAAUCUGCAACACAGCCUACAGGGGUAUAGUCCAGUGUGAGGAGAAGCUGACCAUCAGUGCUUCCUGGUCUAAAGAUGAGGACAUCAGUCGUUUGCUCCAGUCCCUCCCUAACUGGGCAAAUAUGGCCCAACCCAGGCAGACCCGACAGAAGAGAGAGGAUGAAGAGGACUUUAGCCGAGCGGCUUUUGCUAAGGAAUCAGAGGUGCUGACUGGGAACCUAGGAGACAAGCUAAUCCCCCAGAAUGAGAUCCUACGUGACGUCAGUGACCUGAAGGCUCUGGCAAACCUUCAUGAGAGCAUGGAGUGGCUUGCUGGUCGCCUCAAGAUGUUCUUCGCCAACCUGCCUCAUGCCUCCAGUGUGUCUCCAUGCUCUGCAGACAGUCAGGUGGUUGGUGAGAGUGAACGCAGCAGAGAGCAGAUUCUCCAGACUCUGAGUGACCUGUCCAGGGGCUUUCAGGACAUUGCCGACCGCUGUCUCCUGGUAUUGCACCUGGAGGUCAGGGUGCAUUGUUUCCAUUACCUGAUCCCCCUCACCAAGCAAGGAAAUUAUGCCAUUGUGGCGAAUGUGGAGAGCAUGGACUACGACCCGCUGGUGGUCAAGCUGAACAAGGACAUCUCAGCCAUAGAAGAGGCUAUGGGGGCUGCCCUGCAGCAGCACAAGUUCCAGUACAUUUUCGAAGGUUUGGGUCAUCUGAUCUCCUGUAUUCUAAUCAAUGGGGCCCAGUACUUUAAGAGGAUCAGCGAGUCUGGUAUCAAGAAGAUGUGCAGGAACAUUUUUGUUCUACAACAGAACCUCACCAACAUCACCAUGUCCAGGGAGGCCGACCUGGACUUCGCCAGGCAAUAUUAUGAGAUGCUGUACAACACUGCAGAUGAGCUGCUGAACCUGGUGGUAGACCAGGGUGUUCGCUACACGGAGCUGGAGUACAUCAACGCUCUGUCCUUACUCCAUCGUAGCCAGACAGGUGUAGGGGACCUGAGCACCCAAAACACUCGGCUGCAGCGGCUGAAGGAGAUCAUCUGUGAGCAGGCCGCCAUCAAACAAGCCACCAAGGACAAGAAGAUCACCACAGUGUAAUUAUAAAAUAGGUAAGGACAGGGUUCACAGGGAGGUUGGGUUGCCUGGAAUUCAGAGAAAGAUGGCCAAAUGAAAGAGAAUAACAUUUUCCAAUCAAAUUAUCUGAUUUCUACAUGGUUUUCUUUUUUCAACUCCUUUAGAUUUGUCUAGAUGGGACGUGUAGAAGUUGAAUGGGUCAUGUGUGCAAGAGUAAGGAAUGAGGGAGAAAAAAAGGACAGAGGCUAUUUGAGAAUUGGGUUGGAAAAAACUGGAAUAGAUGUUUGCUCUAGACCAAGAUCAUAAUGCGUGUGAAAUUUGCUGAUGCAAAGUGUGUUUUCUCCACUUCAUCUUGCCUGAAUGUGAUGAAACACGUUAUAGUUGAGGGCUGACACAGAUAUCCUUUUUCCAAACUCUGGGCAUGUAGAUUUUAUACAUAUACAUAUCUACAUAUAUAUAUAUAUAUAGAUAUGUAUAUGUAUAAAUAUGUAUGUGUAUGUAUAUGUAUAUGUAUAUGUGUAUGUAUAUGUGUAUAUAUAUGUAUAUGUAUAUGUAUAAUAUAAGGUAACCAAUAUUGUUAAUUUCCACAAAGACAUAAAUGCAGUAUACACGACUCUUAACAGGCCCCCACUCAACAUGACUCCAGCUCCAGAUAAAAGGUGAUUGUCAUGGACACUCACCAGAACUUAGGCCCUGUCUCAUCUCAUUUUCCUAUUAGAUCUAAACUGCUGCUCUCAAUUACACCUCUAUCUCUCCUCUCCUGGCAGCCCCAUGGGCCCUGUGAUUCUGUCUGCAAUAACAGAUGCCAGAUUAGACUGUCUGAAUGAGGCCACAUCCUCCGCCUGCUGCCAAUUUGGGGUUGGUCCCCGAAGAAUUCCCUAGCUGAGAAUUGUAUCAUAUCUAUGGCUGUUAAAAAUCGGUUUAUCUUUUUUUCUUAUAGUUUGUGCGGUAUACUUUUGCGCCUAGUGUGGAAAGUUGUUGGGUGAUUAAGAUUUUUUAGAAACUGGAAAAAAGAGACACACUCAGUAAUGAAGAUAUUUUUGCUGAUUUCAGUUUCAUCCCUCUGUAAAACGUGAACGUAUAACGUGAAGGUAUAUUCCAAAUGUAAUAUUUCAAGUCCAAGGCACCACAAUGGAAUGACUUAAAAAAUUUUGCAUUUAGGCAUAUGUGUGGGAUUAUAUUUCAUCAGUCAUACCCGCUCUACAAACUGAAACAAUGCAAUUCUGAAUCUUUAUUUUGUCAUCCCUGCCACACGUGUUUUAAAGUGAACUAAACAUACAAACUCAAGAGACUUUCACCAAUUAUUCCCCUCCCUGCAGCCCUGCCUGUAUUUAGUUCAUCAAUUUGGGAGAAAAGUGAUUGACGAGAGGAGGACAGGGGAAUGGGAGCUUUGUCAAUACAGUGGGCCAAGCACUGGUCUCCCUAAAGCCCACACAGCAAUCCACCAUAACGACACACAGGCUGGAAUUGAUGGAAAAGCGAACAGUGGAGCUGCUGAGGGGCUCGUCUGCCACUCUGAAACGUACAUUUUGUGUGAAAUGUAAAAUCUGCUCAUUCAGCUGUUCACUUCCAAGCUACUUUUGUAAUCUUAUACAUGGGGGACUUUAAUACAAUGUUAACUGAGUGUGUCAUGUCACACACAGAUACCAUUAUACUACUACCGCACAGCACACACAUAACCCAUAAAAGUCCAGAGGGCUUAUGUAUUUGAGAUACUCCAUAUAUGUACAGUGAGUGAGAACCACUCCUGCAUUUUAUUCAUGAGUGGAAUAUGUAAAAUGUAAUAAAGGUUCAAUUUCAUGUUUCUUUUUCUUCCCAAUGGACCUUUAUUUUGCACACCUGUUCUAUGAGAGUAAUUUUAUGUUCCAAGUAACAAUGUAUUGAAUUCUAUACAUCAAACUGUGUUACUCAUGGACAUGUUUAAACAUCUUUCUUGUUCCUCUGGUUGUUGAGUGUCAUCUUAUAAAUGCUCUGAAAUGUUGUCUACUUUAAAUUACGCACAUAUGAUUUGCCACUGCAUACACUAAAAUAUGAAAAAAAUAAA